CGGUGCCCCUAGGCCAGUUGCAGUCUGUUUGCUCCCCUGCCCAACCCAGGUGCGUAUAUUCGCACGCACUUUCCCUAUCCGCAAUGGCACUGAGGACUGCGUGAGGGUAAGUAAAUGCAAAGUUUGUCGUGUGCCCGGUCUGCAGUAUGUUAGGCAGAAGAUGCGGUUGGGUGGCACCACUGAAAUUGUGCUGGCCUGGGCCACAUAUUGGGGCCUGAGAAUAUACAGUGCGUCUGUAUUUGUUAAACCAUAGCAGGGAGUCUGUGCGUUUAUGAAAGAGCCAGUACAAUGGAAAUAAUGUACCCCCUACUGUAAAUGACAAGGAUAUUAUGAUUUAUUAGCAGGAGUUCACAAAAGUGGAACCCAGGGUUUCUUUGCACAUUACUUAAUGAAAGUAAUAAAGUUCAGAAAGAAAUCUGUGCAUUUCUGUCUCUACGACAUGUAUAAAAAAAUCCUUUUGGAGUUGGGAUUUUAUACAAAUACCGCCGGGGCAAUUGUGCGUUAGUUUGCGUGUAAAUGAAUAAGGAUGUGGAGGGCUGAAGCAGGUGAGUGCAUAAGGGAAGACACGAGUGUGGAAGGCUAAGCGCAUAAGUGUAUAAGAUUAGCUGGACGUUUCGCUACUAGUAGCAAUGUUUCGCUCUCCCGGCUCCAGUGAGGGAUUCUCAGUCUCCUCCCACAAUGCCCCGCGCCAGGCCGCCCAGUCUCCGGUUCCUGUUCCGGAGGGUAAGGAAGAAGCUGCUGCUGCUGACACCGGCUCGUCCCGAGAUCCUCUGCGAGAACGGGAAUUUCAUCUGGUGACAUUAUUUGUCUUUGUGGCUUCUGUGAUGUCAAAAAUGUCACAUGUACAAGGAAACGUUUCCCUGGAGGUACUGCACCAGUAGAGGUAUAUCCUGCUGAAUUAUGAACAUUGAGGAUAAACUCGGGGAAAUCUUUAUUAAAUGCAGCCCUAGCAGCAACAUGCAGUCUUCCAGGGGCUUGAUAGGCCUGGGGGCAGCUGAUCCAUCGUGCACCGUGCUUCCCAGGACAGACCCAGGCCUGGGGGAGAAGCCUCUGUCCCAGGGUAUCAUGGCUGGCCAAGAGAUACUACAGGGCAGGGAUGAGAUGAUGUCACAAGAUGAGCUUAUGGUGCAGGAGGAAACAGUGAAAAAUGAUGAAGAAGAGAUGGCGGAACCACAGGAACGGCUUCUGCCCCAAGGGCUGAAGUUCACGGUUCACGUUAAGCAAGAAAUGAAGUUCAUGGAGGAGGGCAACUCAGCUGAGGCAGAACAUGCACAGCUGGCAGAGCCGGUGGAUUUGCAGAAGAAGAAGAAGAGGAAACAACGUUCUCCUGCCAAGAUCCUGACCAUUAAUGAGGAUGGUUCCCUUGGAUUGAAAAUUCCUAAGUGUCACGUGUGUGAGCACUGCAAUGCCGCCUUCCGGACCAACUACCACCUACAGAGACAUGUCUUUAUCCACACAGGGGAGAAGCCAUUUCAGUGCAGUCAGUGUGAGAUGCGCUUUAUCCAAAAGUAUCUGCUCCAGAGGCAUGAGAAGAUCCACACAGGGGAGAAGCCAUUUCACUGUGAUGAGUGUGGGAUGCGGUUUAUUCAGAAAUAUCACAUGGAGAGGCACAAAAGGACUCACAGCGGCGAGAAACCCUAUCAGUGCGAGUACUGCCUGCAGUUUUUCUCCAGAACGGACCGGGUGCUGAAACAUAAGCGCAUGUGUCAUGAGAACCGAGAGAGAAAGCCAGGGAAGAGCGCCGGCAAGGCAGGGCUCUUGUCUCCUGAGGGCGACCCCACACUGUCUCCCAAAGAUGGAACCACAAAGAAGAAACAAAAGGGUGACAAGAAGCUUUUUGCUGCAGGUGACAAGGAAAGCCCCUCGGAGAAGGUGGAGCAAAAGAAAGAGAAGAACGACUUUCUGCCUUUGUUCCCUGACAGCACCAAAGUCAAGGACGAGUACACGAUGGCAGAUUAUGCUGUGGAGAUGCCCCAACCCUCUCUGGGCACGUUGCACUUACAGGAGGUGGUGCCUGAAGACAUUAAUCCCCCCAAGCUGCUCCUAAAGAAGGUGAGUGGCAAGAAGAGCCUGAAGCAGGCGCUGGACCAGAGCCCAACACUCUCAGCUCUGACAGCCUUUGAUGACACCAAGGUGGCUAAAUACACCUUUGAGUUUGUGGAUUCGGGCAGCAACUCAGACUUGGAUCAUGGGGACCCCAUGCAGGAAGGGGGCAGUAAGCCAGCCAACAGCAGUGUCAGUUAUGAUGAAGCCAUGCAGUUUUCCAAGAAGAAAAGAUACUUACAGGCAGCCACCAGUAGCAAUAGUAGUCGUGAAUAUGCCCUGAAUGUCAGUUCCAUUGCUUCUCAGCCUUCAGCCACACAGGCUGCCGUGGCCAGCGUCAUGGAUGAGAGCAGCGCCUCUGUGCUGAUGGAUGCCCAAUCACUGUCCGUGGAUAUCAAAGCUAGUCAGGAUAAGAAUGUUAUCCCAGAUGAAGUGCUGCAGACGCUGUUAGAUCACUACACUCACAAGGCCAACGGGCAGCACGAGAUCUCCUUCAGCGUUGGGGACACAGAGGUGACCUCAAGCAUAUCCAUUAGCUCAGCUGAGGUUGGUGAGACCAGCCAACCAGAGACUCUGGGCUCAAGUGUGCAAGUACCAACCGGGGACAAGGCCAGUAUGCUGCAGGAAUACUCAAAGUUCCUCCAACAGGCUCUAGAGCGGACUAGCCAAAAUGAUGCCUAUCUGAGCAACACAAGCCUUAACUUUGUUACCGAUGGACCAGCACUGGCAAACCCCAUCACUUUUCCCUCUCUGGACAAGAAUGUUUAUGCCACGCUGCCCAUCAGCAGCUUCCGCCCGGGCCUGGCCACCCCGCUCCGACUGACUCCUGACAAGGCCCAUUUUGGCCUAAUUGUAACCGACUCUCAGCACAACUUCAGCUUUGCGGCAGACGAUGGAAACAACACAUCCCCUGUGCCCACUUCCUCAGGGCAGGAUUUUCUAGAUCAGGUGACAGGGCAGAAGAAAAACGAAUCACAACCUGUGCAUCAGACUUACCAGCUGAAUGCCUUUGAGCAGCCCUUUAGGGCUCAGUUCCAAGGGGCCCGGGCUGGUAUAUCCCCUCAGUUUAGCACCGCCAAUGGGCAGGUGAACCUGCGGCAACCCACUUCCAGCCCAGACUUCCCAGAAUUUUCCCUGGUGAAUGUAAAUGAGAGCAGAGCUCAACUGACUUCUACCCCUGACACAGCAGCCGGCCAGUCCUUUGGCUAAUGCUUGUAAUGUUUAACUUGUCAUCUAAGAGGCAAAGUUCUGCCCUUUGGGCAUAGGCCUGCCUUUCCCCAAUACAAUGUAGCAUCAUGCAGUUGCACCAUACACUUCCACAUCCCCAGGUCUGAGGUACUGUCAGUGUAUUGAUUGCUGUGCUGUUUGGCACCAAGGGCUUGCAGGGAUCAUCCCCAGGAUAUCCUGGUGCCCCAGUACUCGCAAGUGUAAGUGCGAUCAGGAUCCUCUGCACUUUCCCUGUACAGAUCAGACUUGAGGAAGUGGAAGUGUGUUUUGCCCGUGCACAGCUCAGGGACAUGUUCCAUCUGGGCUGUUCUGAGAGAGUCUGGCCAAUGACAUAGAAUUACAGGUCAAUUCUAUGUUUUUUGGCCACGUGAGAGAAUAUGAUGUGUGUAAUCAGCCAAUUUCUUUGCUCUCUCCUCUGCCCGUUACAAAGAGACUCAGUUGGAGUGUGCACUGUAGUAUGUGUGUGUGCCCUGCAAAGGAAAGAAAUGUUAUAUAAAUAUAUAGAGAUAUAUAAAUAUAAGAUAUUACAAGGCACUUUACAGAGAGGGAGAUCUGUCACAAACAGAUAUUCCUGAUUGGUUAGAGAGCUGUGCAUUUUGGUUAAGAAAUCAAGGCGGGGUGCGCAGCAGAGCAGAUUGUGGGGUUCAUGGUGCAGAAUAAGGGAAGUACUAGCACUUCUCCACUAGAGGGCCAGUGAGCAAGCUGUUCUGCAUUGAGACCUCUGUAGUGGCGCUUUCAGUUGUUAUACUGUCACUGUGCCCACCUCACCUGAUGCCCAGAUUGCUCUGCUGCUUCCCUUGCGUUCUCAGACCCUGGAUUGUGGGGGACCCAUGUCAUUAAGCACUUAACAACCUUGUUUGGGGGGGGGGGUGGCUUUUGUAUCAUAAUGGGAGGUUGUGUUUAAAAUAAUUUUUAGUAUUAUUAUGCAGGCAGUGAUGUUCUCAGACAAUCUGUACUUGGUCUUCAUUUUCUUCAUGAAUUUAAAAGGUCACUUUCCCUAAGGGACUGAACAGAAAAUGGAAUAAGAGCGAUUGUAAGUCACACUUUAUAGACAGACACACGUGUGAGAGACACACAGAUGAGCUUUACAUUUGUGUUUCUCUCUAAGGAUAGGGGAUAGAUCACUGAGAGCAGGGAGCAUAUAUUUUAUUGUUAUUGCUUUUGCAGCAGUGCUGAGAGUACAAAGGCGUCGAGUGAUGUCACAGCGCCAGGCGUUCUAGGUCAGCAUACAUAGCGGCUCUCGUGUAUUGGGAGAUAUCAGGGCGGUUGGGGGGGGAGGAAAAUGUUACAUUUCAAAAAUACUUAUUCUUACUCUUCUCACUAUUACACUGCUACUAAGUAUCGCUGAGUUGGACCAACUGCAGGAGGCGGUGGUCCUUACAAAUUUGCUUUGUAAUUUGCUUUUAUUUGCAUAUUUGUGGGGGGUAAUAUUUCCGUUCUGGUGGCAGAUAUGCACUCACGUUGUGUGCUUGGCACUUUAGUGAAGCCUGCACAUGUGAUGCUGAGACUGAAACUCGCUGUUGGGUGGGACUUGUGCUGAAGGAGAGGAUGGAGCUGCUGGUUUCAUUCUGUCAUUAUUAUUUUUGUUUGGGCUGUGAACCGAGACAUGGGGUGUGGCUGUAAGAUGGGCAUGUCGAGGGUUGCAGCCCUAGUGCUAAUUUUUUCUUAUUAAGGGACUGUGACCUCUAAUACCCCUGAUUGCACCCAGUUUCUGGGGUGGUUAAUGCAAUGUCUCUCCUCCUUCCCUCUUGUGCUUUGGCUUUGAGUGAUGGUGCACACUGGUGAUAUAAUGCAGGUGCAGCACAGGGUGUGUAAUGGUGUACACUGUGUAUGAAUGUGGUAAGCACUAUAUAAUAGUGCAUGUAGCACUUAGUAUCUGACAUGCACCGGUGUAAUGGAGCAAGUAAGACUACGUAUGAUGAAUGAAGGUAUGCUCUUAUGCAAGUAGCACUUUGUAUGAAUGGGAUAUGCACUAAUGUGGUACAAGUAGCACUUUGUUUGAAUGAGAGCAUGCAGUAGUGCAAUGGUAAAGCAUAGCGCUUUGUAUGAGUGUUUGUAGGCACUAGAGUAAUAGUGCAAGCACAGUAUUGUGUAUGAAUGAAUGCUCAAUUGUAAUGGUGCAAGGCUAGCACUCUGUAUAAAUGAAGGUGUACACUAAUGUAAUGGUGCAGGUAUAGCACAAUGUACCAGUGAUUGCAUGAAUUUAAUGGUGCAAGCACAGCACUGUGUAUGAAUUAGUGCAAACAUUAUAGUAACGGUACAGUGUGUAGAGAAAUGUAAGAAUGAGGGCACAUGCUAAUGCAAUAGUGCCAGCUUAGAGUGCUAGUGCAAUUAGAGUGCAUAUCUGGCCAACUCAUUUUGCUUCUUCCAGUCCAGCAUUUCAUGUGUUUGGUGGGAGGGUCUCAAGGGGCCCCAGUAGUGAUCUGGUUUUCCUGCAGCAACAUUAUUGUAUGAAUUAUAGCACUUACUAUUUGUGUAGCUCUGUCGGGGGUUUUGUUACUUCCGGCACAUAUUUUAUAUUAAUGGCGGUGCUGCAUGCACCAGGGUCACACACGUUCCCAUUAGGGGUAAUAGUUCCCUUUUUGUUUUCCCUUUACAUGUAUUGUACAGAUUUGUGUUAUCCAUAUUAUGUCUUUUCUCUCGCUUGGUUCUUGCUUUCUACUGGCCAUUGGGGUCUCCAGUCUCUCAAUGCCCGGCAGGGUCUGAUAGUGGCCAAUCAGUAUUGGGUUCCUUUGCAUCUGUCCUUCAAGAGGGGGUUUGCGCUGGUGUAGCACAGAUUUAGUUAUUACUACACUGUCUCCAGUUUUAGGGGUGGGAGGGUCUCAGUUUAGUCAAAAUGUGCAGUUUGGGGCUUUAUUGGGUGGAACCUUUGUGCCUUAGUUGCUUAUAUGUUCAAUCCAUUUCUCUAUCACGCUAUAUAGAGCAGCAUCUGCAAGAACCCUCCUCCUUUGUACACACAGGGUUAAACAGUCAACAGCAGCGGAUGAUUGGUCAUAGUGGUUUACAGGGCACAUACAGCCGCUCCCGGUGAUUACUGCAUAUCCCUGCUAGUGGUUUCAGUUGGCUCGAAGCCCCACAUCUUCUCCGUAUUCCCUGUAUGAAAGGGGUAUUAAAAACCACUGCCCUACAGUCAGUGUUAUUACUGUAUAUAAAGGCAUAGAGAGAAAAGUCGGUUUUACUGGUGGGAAUGUACCUGUGUAUUACAAGGAGCAGAGCCAGCACACUGUAUUACUGGGGUGACCCUAGUACUGCUUGUGCCAUUCAGUUUCACUUGGUGGUUAUGCUGAUUGGGGGAGGACUGAGCUUUCCUUAUUGGGAUCACCGCACACAGCUGAUUUGUGCCCAAUUAUAUUUGGGGAAGCAGAACGGGUGCUGUUGCACAUGGUUCCCACACCAAAUGACAUGAAUUUUGAGGGCUGGUUUAAUAAUCCAAGAUGGCAACACAAAAGGGAGCCAGACAAGAGAUAGUUUGGUUUGCUGAAAAAUUUAGAGACUUCUACCCCCUGAUAGUGGAUCAGUAUGACUAUGUUGGUGAGUCAAAAUAAGAUUUGGCCAUUCGGUGUGAGACUGGGAGUUUUGGGAAAAUUCUAUUUAUUCCAUAAAACUGGAUGUGUCUGGUUCCCCAUAACCUGCAGUAUCUCUGUGGGGAAUUGUUAAUGGCAAGUCUACUUUGUACAUAAGAUCAGUUGUAUGUGUUUUGCCGUAUUCCCCUGCGCUGGGGCAGAAAGGCAUCCAGGUCCCUAAACUACCCUGGUUCUGUUACGGGAAUUAUGGAAAAUCAGUCCAUUUAUUUUUAUAUAAAAGGCUACUUACUGUACAUAAAGAUGUAUAUUACAUGGGUGGGGGGGUAAUUAAUUCACGUCUGACAAUCACAGGCCGUCUGUUCCCCUCUGCCUGGUCAGUGUUGCACAGUAGAAAAAGGGAGUUAUAGGGUUAUGAAGCUCCAUCCUAGCGGGCUCGUCUGUGUGCUGCUUAUUUGUAUGUUCAUGUCAUAUACAUGCUCUACUCAUUUUCUUUUGCCUUCAAACAGAGAGAUAGAAAGAAUGAUAGAUCAGCCAUUCCCACCCACCUGUCCUGCACCUGUUAUCAUACUGUUUUGGGAAUGCUGGGAAUUGUAGUUUAGAAGAAGCAGCCCACAAAUUGGACACUGGUGGCGGAGAUUGAACAGCAUGUAACCAGCCCACUCUCCGCUUCCCUUCAGUCAAAAGUCAACAACAUGAUGAGGUCAUCACAACACAGUGAGGUCAUCACUAAAUAUUCACAAUAACAUACUUUUACUUUCAGACCCCCUGGAGCAGCCUGCGGCUAGACACAAGACUGGUGGGAUCUGACUAAAGGGGAGCAGAGGGCAGUACUGGGGCCCCCGUGUUGUUGCUGUAAAUACAUUGGUCACAGGUAUAUCAGAACUUGAUUGGACACUUCACACACUGUUCUUAUGUUUCAUGACUAUAAACUUCCAUUAUUCACUGGGUAUGACCAUAGUGUUUUGAGUAACCAUUCUCAAUACUUAUACCAGGAAAGCAGCAGAUACACUUCUUGUGUUAUGGACAAGUAUUUAUAUAGCACCAACAUAUCUUACAGCACUGUACAAUAGACUGGGUGUGGGGUACAAUGGGCUCUACUCCUUAGAGCUUACAAACUAAACAUAGUCACUUCCAUAGUUCACAAUAAGCCUUGAAUUCAGUUUCUCAGAGAAAGGCAUCAUCAGCAGCCAAUCAGAUCUUUGUUUUAAUUAGUAUAAUAGCGCUACACCAGUAAAAGCUAAUUGCUGAUUUAUUAUUGUGGGUAACCAAUGAAAUUUAGCAAGUUGGUCUUUGGUAAAAGGAGGCACUUAAGUUGUUAGUCACUAAUUCCUCUGUGAUUGGUUACUCAGAUAAAAAUAAGUAGCUGCUAUCUCAUUAACUAUUGCUGUUAAUGAAGUAAAAAUUCUUCCCCUUUACUUGUAUAAAAUUGACUAAUCCCUGAGCCCUCUCCUCCCUUCCAACCAGGGAUCACAUUAAAAGGGACAAUGACAUGAGCUGCCCCUCCCCCUAUUUAUAUUGAGCACCAGGUUAUAUGUUAUCCCGCAGAAUAAUGGACUUUUUUAUUUUAUCAUAAAAAUGUGUUUUUAACCAUUAUGCUCUACACUUUUCUACAUGUGCUCGCAUCUCCCACAUGGGGUGAGCUUGGCAGUAUGGGAGGUAACUGUAGGGUGCACCAAAAUAAUUUAUAUGUGUGUAUAUCCGCUGCAUUUUUAUAGAGGAGAAAUGUUUUUUACUGCUAGACCUUUGUUAUAGGCGCAUGUGUUGGGGGGCGGCGCCGCUCACAUCUGUGUAUUGUACACUGAUAUCUUUGUAAUGAUGGAGCGGAGCAAUGACUUCCUGCCGGGGUGGGGGGUCAGAUUUACUGUCUAGGCCUGAACUUUACUGGAUUCCGUCUUUUCAUUGUUUUUGUUUUCUAUGCUCUGGCGCGGGAAUGAUCCCAAUAAAACUGGUGAUGUCACUCACCAAGACGCUC